GUUGAGGUAGGAUUAGUCUUGACUGCUUGUCUCGUCCAGGAUAUUUUCAACCUUCACGUUUCUGGUUGUUCUACUACUCGCGACCUGCCUCGUUACACGGGGAAAAGAAUGUUUGGUGUUUUUUGUUUUGCUUGAACACAUGUGUUGAAUGUAUCAAAGGGACCAGACAAACUAAUUACAAUGAAAGCUCAACACAAUGUCCUGCUGGCUACACUUUGGAGAUGUCAGACUCGCUACAAGGCGCACUGGUUCGUCAUCACUUUCACGGGCUUUCUUAUCGCGGCCAUCAAGCUAGGUAUUUUUAGUAACACUAAGCACCGUGUCCUAGUUACUACGGUUGGUCAAGGCAAAGGGUCAGUGAAAACUGGUCUACCGCCGUUUGUCAACAGUUACCACAAUGUGGUGGACAGUAAACAAAUCAAUACCAGCUUGACUAGUGAAGUAAAAAUCUUGAGAAAUGUUGUACACAAUACUUCAACUGUUGACGAAGCUCUGAGAUCAGGGAAGAUAAGCCAAAUGGCUAGCAUAAAAAGCUCAAAGAUUGGGAUGAGAGAGACUACUUCAGCCAGCACCAAGCGAGUUACCAUUCCAGGCAAGGCUAAAUUAAGUGCUCCUAAAUCAACCACAGCUAAACCUAGCAACAAGAAACACAUUGGAAACUUAACAGAAGGGCUGCCUCAUGCUGGGCAAGCAACAAAACAGCUUUCCAUCACAAACACAAAGUCUUGCCUAGAUCUAGCAGCACCGUAUCUGGUUGGCCGUUUCUACCCGGAGCUCGUAGCCUCUGACCCAUGGGAGUUGGCAGCACGCUACCCGUGGCUCAAGCCCGGGGGGAGGUACACACCCGCCACGUGUAAUGUGACUCAAAAAACGGCCAUCAUCAUCCCAUACCGGGACAGGUGGAAACACCUGCACACCAUGCUGCCCGUCCUGCUGCCUAUGCUAGUCAGACAGAACGUCGCUUUCACACUCUUGGUUGUGGAGCAGAACCAGCCCACAACAUUCAACAAAGGGGCGCUAUUCAACAUUGGGUUUCUGGAGGCCCUGAAGCUUGACCAGUUUGAUUGCUUCAUCUUCCAUGAUGUCGACAUGGUGCCAGUUGAUGACCGGAACACCUACAAGUGUGACGUCAAAGGCCCCAUCCACUUCGCCUCUUCUAUCAACAAGUUUGCUUACAAGACGCUGUAUGCUGGGUUAUUUGGGGGCGUGGUUGGCUUCACACUUGAUCAGUUCAAGAAAAUUAAUGGAGCUUCUAACAUGUAUUUUGGCUGGGGAGCGGAGGAUGAUGACAUGAGGGACAGGGCCCUUCACAAGAACUUGACACUGUUACGUAAACCGCGUGAGAUUGGUGUGUACGACAUGAUCAAACAUACAGCCAGUGAGGCAGGCUGGUCCAAGAAUAGCAACAGGCUCCAGGUGUUUUCGCAGAGGUUAGCCAGACAAGACAUGGACGGUCUCAACUCUGUUGUGUACAACAUUAGCAGGAUUCGAACCUUACCCCUCUACACCUGGAUCAAUGUGUCAAUCAAUAAAACACAACUACUAGAGACAGUGCCAGAAAAUCUGAGGCAAGGCAAAGCAGGUGAUACAAACUACCGUGGUAGUGUUAAACAAGUGAACAAAGGUUAACACACACCUGUACAAAGGUCAACACACCUGUACAAAGGUUAACACACCUGGACAUUGGUUAACACACC